GCUAACAGGCUAAAUGCUAAUGCUGUUGAUGGUGGAUCCUCCAGGUCAUGUCUGUGGUCACUUCCGAACUUUUACCUUCAGUAAAGGUGUGUGAGGACUUUCUGCUGCUGUUUGUGACGACGGAGACUCACUCAGCUUUAAACGGGACACAGUGGACUGGUUAUACUGGGACACUCAGAGUGGACUGGUUAGCCUACACAGGUUAGCCUAGCUUACCUCGAGAAGUUGAACUUGGAGCAGUGUUGAGACUUUAUGGUGCAUGAAGGCCGUUCAGACAGGAGAGGCCUGGGCCAUCGUUUUCGGAGGAGGCUUCUCUGGCCGCGUCAGGUUUCAAAGCUGGCAGGCGGAUCAGAGCGCAGAAGGUGGCCGAAAUACGUUUUUCUGCUGCCCUCGUCCACAGCAGUACAUUGCUUAGCUUUUGUGGUGGCUCUCCAGCCUGCUUCUCCAAACAGGGAGCGUGCCGACUGACCUCUACUGGCUUCACAUUGUAAGAGAGCACCAAAACAAACAGAGACGGAGCGGAGGGAAUGAAAGACUGCAGUGUUUUUGGAAAUGAUACAGUCUUGACUACACAUGCGAUUUCUUGCCAGCUGGCUGGAGUGAUCGGUGACAGGCAUCCCCAUCCGCCUCGCCUGGGCAGAUGUCCCUCUCAUUUGGGCCUGACUGGAAAGGAAGUGGGAACAUCUGGGGAGAAGGACAGAAUCCAUGGAGGAAAAAAAACAAGAGGAGGAAGAGUGGAGUCAGGAGUAGGAGGAGAGCGACUUUCCUGGAACACUGGUGCAGGGUUAAAACAGGGGGCAGAGGACCUUCAAACUAGCUGAGAGAGGCCAUGGCCAACCUGUUAGCAAACAAGUGCUGGCUCGCAUGAGACAUGGAGGGACAUUGACAUCCCACUGGAGUCAUGUUUCUGGCGACCUAAUGAAAUGUUGCUAACCAGAAUGCCCGCUGAGGACCGACACUUAUCAUCCAGCUGUGGUUCUUACGUCAAAACCGAACCCUCCAGUCCAUCCUCCUCGCUAGUAGACACCGGCAGCCACCACAGUCCCAGCGGCAACUCCGACGCCAGCGGCGGCUACGUGAACAGCAGCAGCAGACACUCGCACGCCCUGGACUCCCCACCAAUGUUCAACCCAGGCAUGCUCGGAGGCGGCGCCGCCUGCCUACGCCGCUACGAGGAGUGCUCCGGCGUCGUGGCAGACGACUCGUCGAUCAAGUGCGAGUACAUGCUCAAUGCCAUUCCCAAGAGGCUGUGCCUGGUGUGUGGUGACAUUGCCUCGGGGUACCACUACGGUGUGGCCUCCUGUGAGGCCUGCAAAGCCUUUUUCAAAAGGACGAUACAAGGGAAUAUCGAGUACAGCUGUCCCGCCACCAACGAGUGUGAGAUCACCAAAAGGAGACGCAAGUCGUGCCAGGCCUGCCGCUUCAUGAAAUGUCUUAAAGUGGGCAUGUUGAAAGAAGGUGUACGUCUGGACCGGGUGAGAGGGGGGAGACAGAAGUACAAACGGAGGUUGGACGCAGAGAACAGCGCCUACCUCGGCCUCAGCAUCCCCCCUCCAGCCAAAAAGCCACUGACGAAGAUCGUUUCCCAUCUGUUGGUGGUGGAGCCAGAGAAGAUCUAUGCCAUGCCUGACCCCACCAUGCCCGACGGAGACAUCAAGGCCCUGACCACGCUGUGUGACUUGGCUGACCGUGAGCUGGUGGUCAUCAUCGGCUGGGCCAAACAUAUCCCAGGAUUUUCCACUCUGUCGCUGGCAGACCAGAUGAGUCUACUGCAGAGCGCCUGGAUGGAGAUCCUGGUGCUGAGCAUCGUGUUUCGCUCGCUGCCCUGUGAGGACGAGAUCGUGUAUGCAGAGGACUACGUGGUGGACGAGGAGCAGGCGAGGAUCUCAGGCCUGCUGGACCUGCACGUCGCCAUCCUGCCGCUGGUCCGACGCUACAAGAAGCUGCGCAUGGAGAAGGAGGAGUUCGUCACGCUCAAAGCCAUCGCCCUCGCCAACUCGGACUCCAUGCACAUAGAGAGUAUCGAGGCCGUCCAAAGGCUCCAGGAUUCUCUCCACGAGGCCCUGCAGGACUUUGAGGGCUCCCAGCAUCCCGAGGACCCUCGACGGGCAGGCAAGCUGCUAAUGACCCUGCCUCUGCUCCGUCAGACCGCCACCAAGGCCGUUCAGCACUUCUACAGCAUCAAAAUGCAGGGCAAAGUGCCCAUGCACAAACUAUUCCUGGAGAUGCUGGAGGCCAAGGCUUGACACCUGGGCCAGAUGUUUGACAGACAGCUGCAUCACCCAAUGGGAGGCCCGUAAAAAAUAAAGGUGGUGUGCCAACAGACAGUGAAAAGGAUGAAGCUUGGACUACUGAGUCAUUUUAACACUUUUAAAUGGUAAUAAACAUAAAAGAAAAAAAGGGACUUGAAAUGUUUUUAAAAAGGGUGAAUAUCAACCUGAUUGACACGGGAUCACGAUGAUGUAUAUAAAGAUGUUGUGUACAGAAAUCAGGCAACCGAGGUCUUGUUAUAACCAGAGGCCCAUUGCUCUAUAUCACCUGAAGCUUCUGUGAAUUUGUUUCUUAUCUUAUUUUCAUCUCAAAAUGGAAGUGUGUUAAUAUAAAUGUCCUAAAGAACCGUACGGCUACGUAGCCACACUAUGUGUUUCUUUCUUUCAUAUUUUCCAAUCUCAGUUGUUAAAGCAAUAGUCUCUAACUGGUCUACAUAUAAUAUGUGUACUGUAUAUUGUGUGAAAUUGCACUGGGCGGGGGGGGGGGAGAAUUGUUAGACAUAU